AUAUUUUCUUUUUUUUUAUGUGAAAACAAAAACAGAUAUGUUCUGGGAUAUCUGAUGUGGCGAACUCUCAUGGGCUUGCAUCACGAUAUUCAGCUGUCAAUGCAGGUUCCAUACCAUUGCCGAUGUCUUGUUGAUGCCGGAUUUGCUAACAUAAAGCGGCUGUACCACAGGACGGAUGUAGAUAGCCUUUCCGGUCUUGUUGAGGUGGUUAGGAAAAGCGCCAGAUCAAACUCUCCCGUUACCUACAUCAACGACGCUGGAGAACACAGCUGGGAGUGGUAUGAUUGGAAGUCGUUUACCAGCACGUUCUUCACAAAUGUGAAAGGCAUCCGGAAAAUGCGACAUUUUAGAUUUUCAUCAUUAUCACCGGGAAAACUGUUCGUCAAAAGUCACGCCGAUGACAGUGAACGAGAAAUCACGCUUCUGAAAUCCAGUAUCAGUCCGGAAGACAUAACAACAGGGUCAGUGAUGCCCGACAUUGUACCUCCCGGCGGGAUGACCUCAGAGAGGCAACGUUAUCUGUUCAGUGUUGUUCGCCCUUUUGUACGAGAUCCUUUUAAGGACACUACCUGUCCAGAGGCUGAAUAG